AUGGGUGGUCCAGGCUCAGGAGGGUACAAAAACAAACCAGGUGAUACCGAAACUCACUCAGCAUGGGACAUCAUCCCUCAAGAUCCAGAGGGCACCCAGAAGCUCGCGCAGGUACGAUGCAAGUACUGCAGCAGAGAAAUGGCCCAGCAUACCUCUCGGCAGCGUGUCCACCUCCUCGGCUGCAAAAAUUAUCUUGACGCGAUGAAAGAGCAAGGCAUCGAGAACAGCAUUACCCGUCAGGCCGCCGAUCCUCAAGCGUUCUUCAGAAGCUCGGACUGGGCGCAAAAGACCACAGAAGCCAAGGCUCCAAAGGUUUUCAAAAUGGGCGACCACACCACCGCUGUGCGCAUCCAGGCAUUGGCGCUGGCCGAGGCAAGCAUUUCUUACGACCGCAUCCAGGAAAUCACCGGAAUGGACCCAAAAGUGAUGGCUGGUCUUCGACGACUCGCGCGCGAACGUGGCUACGAUCCAAGUGUCUCCAUGCAGCUCAAAGAAGAAUAUGUCGUUGAUCCUCCCAACGCACCCCGCCCUCGUGGCCGACCCCCAAAGAAGAGGAAGCAAGAUGACGAUGUCGAUCCUGCCUUGACCAACAUGCAGGAAACCUCUCGGCCUCAGAGUCCCAGCUACAGUAGCACACCCAACAACCGUAGCAACCUGCCUCCCGGACAGUGGGAUUUCAUCGCUCCUACGCCACCACCCAGUGGGUACACUAUGACCUAA